UGACCUGGUCUGCGCACAAAGGCUCACGAGACGUAGCAGCUGCCCAAGUGCCUACUCCAGCUGCACGCACGGAGCGCAUGCGCAGCAGCGGGACUUUUCCUUUCGACAGUCUCGACCAGGCUGGCCGUCUGACUCCGGCGGUCGCCACCAGCGCGCAGUAGUCGCUCUGCUCGCGACACUCGAGUGUCGUUUCGCGUCGCAGCUCUGGCUAGUGCGUGCAGUGUUCUGCCAAGAGGAGUGUGACAAGUGCGCCGUGACCAGUGUAACAUGCCAACUUGGACGAACUGGAGGCCGGGCGUGCACAGCCUGCAGCUGCAGACAGAGGACACUACGACGACGGGCAGGCGGUCAGGACACGCGUCCUAGAACCUCCAUUCUUCGCAGCGACCUCCGUGCGGGCCGUCGAUAUGGCUUCGGUCAAAGUGGCCGUGAGGGUUCGACCCUUCAACAAGAGGGAGCUGGCGAUGAACGCGAAGCUCGUCGUUCAAAUGGAUACCAAGCGAACUCGGAUCUUCAAUACCAAGACCCCGAGCAGCGCCAACAGGGACGUCGACCGGGAGAAAUACAAGGACUUCACCUUCGACCACUCGUACUGGUCGUUCGACGAUGCCGACGACAAUUACGCCUCGCAGGAAGAGGUCUUUUACGAUCUCGGAACGGAAGUUAUAGAAAGUGCCUUUGAGGGAUACAAUGCCUGCGUGUUCGCUUACGGUCAGACGGGUUCCGGAAAGACUUUUACGAUGAUGGGUUCGCCUGAAUCUCAGGGAUUGAUACCGCGUAUCUGCAAGACUCUCUUCUCGCGAAUGGCGGCUGGCAAAGAGGGCGGCGCGUCUUACAGGACGGAAGUGUCCUUCCUGGAGAUCCACAACGAGCGUGUGCGAGACUUACUGAGGCCCGAUCAAACCAUGUCGCAUUCGCUCAGGGUCAGGGAGCAUCCGAAACGCGGCCCCUACGUACAGGAUCUCUCCAGUCAUCUAGUCUACGAUUAUUCGGACAUUCAGGAAUGCAUGGUGAGGGGAAACACGCACAGAACGACGGCCAGCACAAACAUGAACGACGUGAGCAGCAGGAGCCACGCCAUCUUCACCAUCACCUUCGUGCAGGCUGGCUUCAACGAAAAUAACAUGCCAUCCGAGACCGUCUCGAAGGUGCACCUCGUCGACCUGGCUGGCAGUGAGCGAGCCAAUGCCACCGGGGCCACGGGUCAGCGUCUAAAAGAAGGAGCACACAUCAACAAAUCCCUGGUGACUCUAGGCUCGGUUAUAUCGGCCCUCGCCGAGUUCAGCUCUUCCACGGACUCCAACUCAUCCAGACGCAGCAUCUUUAUUCCGUACCGCGACAGCGUUCUCACCUGGCUGCUCAAAGACUCUCUCGGAGGCAAUGCCAAGACUAUAAUGAUCGCGGCCAUCAGUCCAGCCGAUUGCAAUUACGGCGAGACAUUGAGUACGCUGAGGUACGCGAAUCGUGCCAAGAACAUCAUCAAUAAACCGACCAUCAACGAGGACCCCAACGUCAAGCUGAUCAGAGAGCUGCGAGACGAGAUACAGAAGCUCAAGUCGCUCAUUGGCAAAGACGUCAGCAUCGAGAAGCCGCAGGUCCUGCUCGCGCAGAUCCACGAGAAACAGGAGCAAGAGAAAGUGCUGACGGAGGAAUGGGCGGAGAAGUGGCGAGAGACGCAGAAAAUCUUGUCGGAGCAACGCGCCCUCGGGCUGCGUAAAAGCGGCGUUGGCGUGGUACUCGAUUCGGAGAUGCCUCAUCUCGUGGGCAUUGACGAUGACCUACUCAGUACUGGCGUCACGCUCUAUCAUCUGAAAGAGGGCAAGACACUGGUCGGCACCGAAGAAGCUGCCACCCCGCAGGACAUUGUGCUAACAGGAGUUGACGUAGAGCCCGAACACUGCGUGCUAGAGCUGGAGAGUGGUGUCGCGACAUUGCACCCGCGGUCGCCCCACUGUUGGAUCAACACAGCGCAGCUUGACAAGCCCACGCGUCUGUCGCAAGGUUGCAUCAUUCUGCUGGGUCGUAACAACAUGUUCCGCUACAACGACCCGGCCGAGGCGGCCAAGUUGCGCAAAGAGGGUGGCCUCGGUAACGGCAACCUCCAGUCAGCUGUGGUCAAUCUAUCGAGGCUGUCGCUGCUCAGUUGGAGCGUCUCGGAUUUGCACGCGUCGAGCUCCAGCGACAACCUGUUGAACUCAAGCGAAGACCUGGGAGCCCUCGAGGAACUCGAGCAGCAGAAAGCAGCCCUCAUCAAGGAAAAGGAGGACUUUAAGCGAGAACAAGAGGAACGAGAAGAACGGUGGACAGCCAGGCGCGAGGCUUUGAAGGAGGCGCAGCGCGAGCUGGAAAGGGAGUGGGGUGCGCAGUGGCGCGAGUGGGCCGAGGGCAUUGCCGCCUUGGAGCGCAGGCAACGCGAGCUGCGUCAACGCCGCCAGCUGCUCGAGCAAGAGCGCCGUGACGAGAUGACCCAAGUAGAAAGUUUGUGUAGGGAAGUCGCCUCUCUUCGUACCACUCUGCAAUCCAAGCAUCGUCAGUACCAAGAGUUCAUGAAUGCACAAAACCGCUCGCAGAGCCAACAACGGACAUCAGAACAGACUGAUGAAGGAGCUGCAAGUGAUGGUAGCUUGCCCGAGUCUUGGUCGAGUCUAAACGAUGAUAAAUCAGCCAACGCCACAAAAAAGUUUGCUAACUACAGCAAAGAACUUGCGGAGCUUGAGCAGGAACUCCGGAAGAAAAUAAGAACGCUGAACGAGCACCAAAGUAGGAUCGACAAAAUGGAUGAAGAAUUGUCGGAGCUUGGCGAAAGACAACAGGAAAUCAGCAAUUUGCAACUGGAAGGCCUGACCGACAAAAAGAUCUUUUUAGCAGCGCGUUCACAAGAGCAAUUGGACGAAAUCCUCCGACGCAAGCGUAGCCUGUCUCUGAAUCUCAGACGCGCGCUACCAGCAUCUCCGGACGCGCAUUCGACGAGCAGCGACGAGAUGCUUUCCAGCAUGGACCAGUUGCCGAACGGUCUUGAGGACGAUGAGAAUUACAACCGGAAGCGUAAACUCGCCGCUGCUUUGAACCUCAUGUAUCCUGAUCUCUCAAAUUCCAUCGACACCGCAGAAAGUGGCCUAGACACUUUUCACACCGCGGCCGCAGACUCGCCACCGGAUCAGUUUCUUAGUGCCGAGCUCGAGUGUAAGGGUAGGAAGGAGGAAAAGGAGUCUGCUGAUGUCAAAGAUAACAACGAGGAUAAUGACAAUAAUUUAGUUUUUAAAACAUCCACUGAUGAAAUUAAAGAAUUUAAGAGAACCUCCGAAUCCAAGUUUGACGGAGUCGACGCUGAUUCUGCCGGAAACACAACAGAGACCAAUUCAUCUUCAUCCGCCCCUAUGGAAAAUCACGUGAACGACUCGGCGAUAGACACCGACAACUCUCAGCUUCACUCCGAGGAAUCAGUGCUGAAAAGCAGCCAGACAAUGAAAAGACUCAAUCAGAAGAUUGCUCGGCAGCGAAUGCUCGUGAUGAAGUGCCUGGAAGCGAGUCCACCGUCUAAAGACGAGCUUAAUCGACAAAUCGCUGCCUUGCAAGAUCUGCAGCGUCAACAGAUCGAACUCGAGGUAUUGCUUCUCGAACGAGAGCGCAAUUGUAGUAGCCAAAUAGGGGACGACUCAUCAUCGACCAUAUUGAACGACAGCUGCGAAAGACUGCCGAGAGACCUAUUAGCAGAACAGUGCAGUGAUGAAAAAGGAAGAGACGCGACGACAGAACAAAACCAGUCGUUCUGCAACAGCACAAAUAAUUUAUCAAAUUUCAUGCCGAGGUCGUAUGUCAGGUCGAGAUCGUCGAACGACGACGAAGGCAAUCAACACUCUCGUCGAGGCUGCGUCGCCAGAGUACCGCAGAUCAGGGGCUACUCCUCUGUGUAUCUUACGAGUCAAAACCGAGGCGACCGUUUGACGAGCCCGUACGCUCUCACGAUAACGCGUUCGCUGCCGUCACUCAUAUCCAAUGAGAACGACGCUGACAGCAUCGUUAAUUUGAUCAUCAGCGUGCCGUCAUACGUGAUUCGCGGUGCCGGAACCUCCAGUCAUUAUGAAUACGAAGUGCGCGUCGUCGCGGCCGAUGACAGCUGGACUCUUUUACGCCGUUACAGGAGGUUUAGAGAGCUCUACGUUUCGAUGCGACAGAAAUAUGCUAACAAGGUAUCAGGUAUUCGUUUUCCUCCAAGGCAGGUGUUCGCCAGGUACGAAGUGGUUGCGCGUCAGCGUCGAAAACGCCUCGAGGAAUAUUUACGUCGUUUAAUACAAGUGUGCUCCGAACUGCCUAGCUGCGAGCCUUUGUACAAAUUUAAGGGCAAUUUAAACCAAAUCGACAAGCAAUCGCUGCUAGAGUUUAGCUCGUUCUUCCGGCGUGGCACUUUCGAAAGCAGCAAAUAUGGUACUAGUUAAACUCGUCGAUGAUUCGCAUGAACAUUUAGUGCGCGAUAUUUAUAUUACCUUUCAAAUUUUUUUAUAAUUGACACCCUUAGUACGUUUUGAGGUGCAAUUAUUUUUUACAACGUGUUACGUAAGCAUUAAUGAAAGUGCAAAUUUGAAAGAGGACUGUUGCGAAUAGUAUAUUACAUACCAAAGGUGAUAAGUUAAUGAACAAAGAACUACUUGUCUUUGCAGUUCUGAUGGAUUUACAUAGAUAAUUUUAAAUUUACUUACUACAAGAUGACGAAAAAAAAGAGAUACAUUUAUGGAAAAUUGUUAUUAUUGAUACUAAAAUUCCAUUAGUUAUAUAUUAGUGAAUUCAUUGAACAGCACUAGUAAUGAUAAGAGUGAAAUUAGAAUGGUACAUCGACAGCUUAUAAGCGCAAUAAGGUUUUCACGAAAAGAAAUAAGUACAACAUUUAUUUUUUUCUUCCAAAAUAAUGCUUACGUAAAGGUAUGAUACCUUUUAAAUACAUAUUUAUGAUUGAUAGCAAAUGCCUAGAGAGAUUAAUGUUCAGAACAAUUAUUCAGUUAUGUGUUUUUUAAGUAUUACUAUGGGAAGAUUUAUUCGUAAAGAAUAUGAAAUGUUGCUAUUAAAUUUAUAUCCAUUUUACGAAGAAAAAUUUUUAAUAUACAGUCAAGCGUUUGAGAAAAUGUCAAUUUAUUUGUUUCGAAUAAGACGUUAAUUUGUUCAGAAGACGCUUAUGAAAGUAUUCAGUUAACUUAAAAGAUAUUUGCAGCAAUAUCGAUACUGGGCAUAUAAUUGAAUGAAUCUGUCAGUCAUGAUUCUUUAAAUAUUACAGUAAUAACGAUCUACGGGAAAUAUUAAUGAUAAUCAAAGAAAAAUGUUUUCCGCAGUAAUACAUUCAUAUCCCAAAAGCAUAAUCACGGAAAGGCUUAUUUUCUCUAAAAAUCUAUAGAGAAUUCACAAGCAGCUACCGCUUUGCGUAUUUUGCAAAGCAGUAUCGUGCUUUGCUAAAGCAUUACAUAUAUAGGCAAGAAUAUAGAGUACUAAUUUGAGCUACAAAUAUUAUAUUCUUAUGGCUGUGUAAAUGUACUCUAAAUUACCUAGCAUUGUCGGCAUUUUUAUGUAAUCAUUUCAACAAAACAGCGGACUGAGAUUUCGGCAGGUUACAUUUUUUAUGAAGCUAUCUUCUUCAAAUUCCAAAAUUAAUUUCAGAUUAAAAUUAUUUUUAUCAUUUUAAUUAUUAUAGUUUUGUUAAGAGUUAUUAGUUGUUGUCGCACCGCCUGUUAAUGGAUAAUUUUAAGAAUGAAUAAUCCGAACAAGUUUUACCUCAUUUAGUGUGCAUUAUCGCGUGAGGUACUUCGUAAAUGCUUUUUUAUAUGAAAUGAAAACAGAUGAAAUAAUUUCUGUAAACUAUGAUAUAGAAUAAACUGUUAAAAUA